AUGUGGUGCUGCGCGAUUCCAACUUUCGUCCCCCUCUCCUCACUCGGUGUCGUCCUCUCUCGCCUCGCCGCUGCCUAUUCCCUUAUCCCCAGCCACAUCGCCGCUGCGGACCUUCGCCGCCAUGACCUCAUCUCCCCACCGCACCUCUAUCCCCUCUGCCCCCACUUCCCACGGUUUCGUGGGCACCUCGGCGACGGCGGCGGGAAGUUCGGAUCCGCUGGGCGGGAGUCACGUCUUCCAUACCCUGGCCUGGAGCAAUGGCUGGAGUACUGCCCGGAGGGAGGAAUAAGCUCACUCAUCACCUGCGGACCUGCCCCAUCUGCUAGUAGCCAUGUGGUGUCGCACACACCCAACCCGUCUCUUAUUCCAGUUCAACGGAGCGUGUCGUGCCCCACGCAGGUCGCCUCCUACCCACGCGGCAGGAGCCCGAUGGUGGGGUUGACCCGGAAGAGCUCGUCGCCAUGGUUGACUGGUUGGAGCAGAAGGCCCGCGCCUCCCUCGACAGGGUGCUCGACGAGCAGCGCGACGGUAUCUGGAAGCUCAAUGCUAAGGCGAGCGGUUGCUACGUGGAGGGAGAAUGCAUGGCAACCAAGGUGAUGAAGGAAUCGAGGGAGAAAGAAUGUGUUCAACAGCUGCUCAAUGCGAAAACAGAAGUAAAAUCAAUCGAUUUAGAUUCAGCACAAUCAAUCGACUUUUUA